AUGGACGAGAAGCAGGCCCCCGGCAGGACUAGCGGAAUUCCUCGACUCUCCCGUCUCCCCGUUCCUAGGUCUGCUGCUCCUGCCCCUAAGCCAGCUCCUGCUGUUCGACCUUCUCCCUCUCGUGAAGGUCUAAACUCGGGAGGACUUCGGAAUCCCCGUCUUCGACCAGCUGCCUCUCGAGACCAAUUGGCACCAGCUCCUGCCCUUAAGAAACCUGAGCCUCGGCCGACUCCGAAACCGAGACGAGAGAUACCUCCCCCAGCAACGAGGAAACCAGAAACCAGACCUUCCGCUGGCACUUUGAAGACUGCACGAAGCGUGCCGCGGCUUAAUGCCAACGAACCCGCUUUCCACAACCCUCCGACGCCCCCAGAAGACACGGAAGAUAUCAUCAUUCCACGAUCCGCGAGCCUGACACAAGUUCCCAGCGAAUCGCUUUCUGCUGCUCCCGCCUCGGGCCCAACCCCGGACGUGCCCUUGUUGCCUGAAGAUACGAGCCCUCCUGCAAGCAACGAUGUCGACAACGAGUAUCAGAACUUUGGAACUCCGAAACAAAAGUUCAAGCCUCGACCGUCACUCGCCGAGCGAACGAUCGAAACGCUGUCCCAGCUGCCUUCAUCACCCGCCCUCAAUAAGAAACCGUCAUCCUUCUUCGAAUCCGAUGGUGUGACACGUCCUCGUUCGCGCGCUGCCAGUGGCACCUCGAGGCCCGGUUCAAGCUACACUUCCGACGGUUCUAUGCGCCCACCCUCACGCCAUAGUAGACCAGGUUCAAGCUCCGGUCCUGAAGAAAACCCGUUCGCAGCUGCUCGAGGCCCGGCAACUGCUUUCAGGCCGCUGGGAGCUGUCGAAGGCACGCCAACCAGGCGAGUGUCUGGCGUGAGGUCUCUUAAAGCACCGACUGUUAGAGCCACACCGCAGACCUCUCCGUCAGGGCGGCCUGCCUCGGGAAUCCCCGUUCACCAGAGCCCCAGCCCGACAAGAUCAACCGCCAAUAUCCCAACCCCCAAGGCUGGACUCAACACGACGCCCGCUCGUCAAUUGAAGCCCCGAACAUCGGUCAAUGGUCUUUUCAAGAAACCGUCUCUACCUACGCUGAACCAAACCACGCCAGCAUUCGUUUCUUCCCCCCCUCAAAAGCCUACGCCAAAGUUGAAGGCCGCUAAGUCUUACGGCACCCUUCGCAAGCCCACUCCCACAAAAGCAAACCUUCCUGCUCCUGCCGAACCAGCGGAGCCUAAUGAGUUCCGGAAAGCUUCUGCCGCAUUACGAGACCAGAUCGCUAAAGCCAGGGCAGCCAAGCGCGCUGCAGAUCGCCAAGCAGCAGAGGCUACAGAAUCCGCACCACCCCCUCCUCCCGAAACGGAAGCAGUGGCUCCUAGGACGCAGUUGGAGCCUCCUAUUGUUCCGGCGGAUGAGGGCUUCGACUUUGGCAUUGGAGUUGCCCUCUCACAAGACCCUUUCAAUACCAAGAGGACGGAGAAUGCAACAAUUAAGAUUAUCCACCAACGUCUCGGAGCUGCUCGCAGUACCGGAAGACUUAAUAUUGCAGCAAUGGGCUUGAAGGAGAUUCCGAAAGACGUUUUGGAGAUGUAUGACAUGGAGUCCCUUGGCACGUACGACGGCUCAUGGGCUGAGAGUGUCGACUUGACAAGAUUUGUGGCUGCUGAUAACGAAUUGGAAACCAUUGAUGACUCUAUUUUCCCGGAUGUCGCACCAGAGCAAAUGGCUGAAGAUGAGGAUUCCAAUGGCAAUAUUUUUGGUGGUCUCGAGGCCAUGGACCUGCACGGCAAUCUUCUGAUUUCUUUGCCGAUGGGUUUGAGGCAACUUCGCCUGCUUACAUCCUUGAACUUGUCACAAAACCGCUUGGCCAACAACUGCUUGGACGUUAUUUCCGAGGUUACUGCUCUCCGCGACCUGAAGUUGGCAAAUAAUCUUUUGUACGGUCCCUUGGACCCCAGCUUUGCCAAGCUUGAGAACCUUGAGAUCUUCGACCUUCACGGCAAUAACGUGACAUCUCUGCCGGAAAGCAUUGAGAACCUCACCAGGUUGAGAAUUCUGAACUUGAGUGAAAACAGUUUUGAGUCUCUCCCCUUUGCCAACCUCUCGAAACUGCCCCUCACGGAGUUACUCGCCCAGAAGAACAAACUAUCCGGUACCCUCAUCAAGGAUGAGGUGGAGUCCCUCUCGAACCUGCAGAUGCUGGAUCUAUCCUCCAACCAGCUGGCCUAUCUUGUUGCUUCGGGCUCGACUAUCGGCCUACCUUCAGUCCACCAACUGGUCUUGUCGAUGAACCGCCUCAAGGAACUGCCCGAUGUCACCUCCUGGACAAGCCUUCUUACACUGACCGCGAAUGAGAACGCUAUUCCUGAGUUCCCCAACGGCUUCACUAGUCUCGAAAAGCUCAGGCACGUCGAUUUCUCCGCCAACGAUAUUCGUGUCGUUCCCCCGGAAAUCAGCAAGAUGGAUAACCUGAACAUGAUUCGCUUGAGCGGCAAUCCACUACGCGACAAGAAGUUCGUCUCUGCCACCACAGAGGAGUUGAAGGAUAUCUUGGCUGCAAGGCUUGAGCCGCCCUCAACGUUCCAAGAUUCGAUCCCUGAGUCUACCACUGCUGCGCCCGAUGUGGCUGAUCUGGACGAGAUAGCCGACGGUUUUGGCAAGCUAACCAUUAAGGAUGCACCUGCCGCACCUAAUGAGAAGGAAACUCGUGACAACCAGUCGGACGCGGAUGAUUUUGCUACUCCUCCUACCUCGUCUCCUACAUCACCUGCACGCUCUCGUUCGGAAACACUUGCCAAGGAAACUUGGCCUGUGAAACAAGGCGGUGUUCUGGAUCGCUCCAACACGCAGUCAUCCUCGCUCCACCCGGUUGUCUGCUCGAGAGUUGCCGCGGACAACCAAGUCCGAGAGGUUCAGCUUCAUCAUAACCUGUUUACUUGUUUCCCCAACUCGUUGUCUUUCUUCGCUGAGACCCUUGCUGCCCUCUCCCUCGCACACAACCAACUUGUUGGCGAGACAUAUCUCACAGAGGAGCUCGAGCUGCCAGCGUUGCGCGAGUUGAACCUGGUUAGCAACCACAUUACCAGCCUCACCCCAUUGACUUCGCAUUUGCACGCCCCUCAGCUCGAGAAGAUGGACGUUUCUCUUAAUCGCAUCACUGCGUUACCCCCUGAUUUGCGCACCGUUUUUCCUCGCCUGGUUGUCCUCCUGGUCGCAAACAAUCACCUCAUCGAGCUUGACCCAGACAGCAUCAAGGGUUUGGAAAUUGUCGACUGCGGUAACAAUGACAUCGCGCACUUGAACCCUCGGAUCGGCCUGCUGGGUGGCGUUGGUGGGCUUAAGCGUCUGGAAGUCUCUGGUAACCGUUUCAGAGUACCUAGGUAUAGCGUUCUUGAGCGUGGUACAGAAGCAACUCUGCGAUGGCUUAGGGGAAGAGUGCCAGUAGCGGAGAUGGCAUCAUGGAAGGAGAGUCACGGCGAAGACGGCAACAGCUCUGAUACCAGCUUGGCCGAUGUUGAUUAG